AUGCUCGGCCUGGGAUUUCUUGCUGGUGGCAUCAAGUACUCCGAACAGACAUUCAGCACUGAAGCCACCAAGGAAGUGGGCACAUUGCUUCUCCUGGCUGCUAUGGCCAUCGCCAUUCCCACAGUAUCCCAUGCCUGGUCAGAUAAUCAGCACACUGUUCCCCAGUCCCGAGCCACCGCUUUUGUUCUUGUUGUCACAUAUGUGAUCUUUUUGUAUUUUCAAAUAUACUCCCACAAGCCACUCUUUGAGACAUCCCCGGAACAUGAGGAUGCCCCAGAUAUCGAAAAUAAGACGCAGAUUGUCGUCCAUGUUCGCAAAUGGCGCACACAGAUAAACAAACCAGCCUUUCUUGGAAAAAUACCAUUCCCAUUGACAACACUCAUCGCUCUCAUUGUCGCCACGGCUCUCAUCGGAUUCCACUCAACCUUUGCAAUCGACAACCUGUCCAGUCUGAUGGAAGAUACUCAUAUCAGCAGCACAUUUAUUGGCGUGGUCAUUCUUCCGCUGCUCAGCAAUGACAUUGGACCCAUAAAGGCCGCAUUGCAUAAUAAGAUGGAUCAAUGCAUCGCAUCGACGGUGGGGAAACGCAUCCAGACAUCCUUGCUGGCGAUCUCAUUGAUCAUAUUCAUCGCGUGGGGAAUGGGGGUAGAUACAAUGAGCUUGGACAUUGAUGGGUUUGAGGUCAUAACAUUAUUUAUUAGUGCUCUCUAUGUAAACUUUGUCAUUGCCAAUGAAAAGUGCAAUUACUUUGAAGGGGUUGCUCUGAUUGCACUCUUCAUUAUUAUCUCUGUUGCUGCAUGCUACUACUAA